AUGGCGAAAAUUCCGCGGCGAAACCGCCGCUUGCUUCCCCCGACGCCCGCCAGCAAGCGAAGAGAUCAUCACUCUACACUGCCUACCGCCUCGAGCAAUGCACUAACCGACGCAGCGUUUGAUCGCCAGUCCCAUGGUCUGCAAGAGAUGAGGUCUGCGAAAGCUGUCGUGGCAGAGAACGCGUCUCGCCAGGAGUCGGCCGCCAUGUCGCGCGGUCAGGCAAACGGGGCUCUGGCCCAGGACCUUCCCCGGUCUCCCUCACGCACUAUUACAGGUCUGAGACGAUGGUCGAUCAUCAAUAGGAAUUUGCCCGCCGUACCGCAGGUGAAAGCGAUUCACGUCUAUGAUUUCGACAACACAUUGUUUCUAAGCCCACUCCCAAACCCACAAAUAUGGAAUGGCCCGACCAUCGGGUUCUUGCAAGCCUACGAGAGCUUUGCAAACGGAGGAUGGUGGCACGACCCGAACCUCCUUGCCGCCACGGGGGAUGGCAUUGAAAAAGAAGAACCUCGCGCCUGGGAAGGAUGGUGGAACGAGCAGAUUGUGCAACUGGUCAAGCUCAGUAUGGAGCAGAAAGACGCUCUCACGGUGCUCCUUACUGGACGGAGUGAGAGCGGAUUCUCCGACCUGAUUAGACGCAUGGUGGACAGUAGAAAACUUGAGUUUGACCUGAUUUGUCUCAAGCCCGAAGUUGGACCCAAUAACGCGCGGUUCUCAACGACCAUGGAGUUCAAGCAAUCUUUCCUUGAAGAUCUCGUUCUCACAUAUGAACAGGCCGACGAGAUUCGCGUCUACGAGGAUCGGGUGAAGCAUGUCAAACACUUCCGAGAUUUCUUUGAGCACCAGAACCGGAGAUUCCAGGGCGUGUCGACACCCUAUUCCCGCAGACCUAUCAACGCGGAGGUGAUUCAAGUAGCCGAGGGAUCGAUGUAUCUUUCGCCCGUUCUUGAAACCGCCGAAGUGCAGCGUAUGAUCAACUCCCACAACCUUGUGGCCCGCAAUCCGUCCCUCAACGGAGCAAAGUCCCCGUACGGUCGGCUCCGUAUUAAGCGGACUAUUUUCUACACUGGCUAUCUGAUAUCGAAUACAGACUCUAGUCGUCUGAUCAGUCAGAUUCUGACACCCAUGUUGCCUUCGGGGCUUGCUGAAUCCAAUGACUUGAAGUACAUGGCUAACAGUAUACUAAUCACCCCACGGCCCGCCCCUCGGUCUAUUCUAGAGAAGGUCGGUGGCAUCGGCAAGAAACUGAGCUGGCAGGUCACCGGAAUUGCAGCUUUCGAGAACCGGGUCUGGGCUGCCCGGCUAACGCCCGUUCCGGCGACCGAAAAGUACUACACCGAGAACCCAUCCCCCGUGGUGGUGCUGGCGGUGCGCAAAGGCGCGCGACCGAUAGAUGCCGGCAAGAUCCAGAACUGGCAACCCGUCUCUGCUGAUAAAGCCUUGACGCUCGAGACGGUCGUCGGGGAGAAAGUAGUAUUGCGUGUGGAAGAGGAGAACCCCAACGAGGGCGAGUGGGAGAGCCAGUUCUUGAACAAGAAUAACAAGAGACGUCAUCGGCAGGAUCACGAUGACUAUGCUCAUGGCCAUCAGAACACGCACGAUGAGCCUUCUCACGGAAGGGCGCAUCCGUACAAUCGUCACGGACCCAACAGCCGACACCAUGACGACGGCCCUCGUCGGGGAUCCCACCGUGGCCGUGGCCGUGGCUCGGGUCCGCGCGGACGAGGACAUGCCAACCGAGGAGGUGCCCGUGGCCGUGGUCGUGGACGCGACGCUGGUCCUCCCAACUACAAGUCAUUGGAUGACUAUGGCGGACACGAAGCCAACUUUGAGGACAAGCCUGGUCCUGGUCCCGGCGGCCCAGUGAUGAAUUAUUGA